GAUCCAAAAAUCUUGGAUAAAGUAACCAAAAAGAAUGGCACGAAUAUACAGGAACUGGAUAAACGUUCGCUCACCAUAUGCUCGAACACGGACUAUAUCAAUAUAACAUAUCAUCAUGUUAUUUGCCCCGAUGCAGCAACAGCCAAGAUCUGGCUAGAUGGCAUACGAAAAAUAACACAUAAUGUCAAAGCGAACAAUAUCUGUCCGAUGAUGUGUCUGAGAAAACAUUGGAUGCGUCUCAGCUAUUGUGUGGAGAAGAGUGGCAAGAUACCAGUUAAGACGCUGGCCAAAACUUUCGCAUCGGGCAAAACCGAGAAGCUGGUGUACACGUGCAUCAAGGAUGCGGGCCUGCCGGACGAUAAGAAUGCGACCAUGACGAAGGAACAGUUCACGUUUGAUAAGUUUUAUGCGCUCUACCAUAAGGUCUGUCCGCGCAACGAUAUCGAGGAGCUAUUCACAUCGAUCACAAAGGGCAAACAGGAUUUUAUCAGUCUGGAACAGUUCAUACAGUUCAUGAACGAAAAGCAGCGCGAUCCGCGCAUGAACGAGAUCCUCUAUCCCCUAUAUGAGGAGAAACGCUGCACGGAGAUUAUCAAUGACUAUGAGAACGAUGAGGAGAAGAAGAAGAACGGACAACUCUCAUUGGACGGGUUCAAGCGCUACCUGAUGUCCGAUGAGAAUGCGCCGGUGUUUCUGGAUCGCCUCGACUUCUAUAUGGAAAUGGACCAGCCGUUGGCGCAUUACUAUAUCAAUAGUUCGCAUAAUACGUAUUUGUCCGGACGUCAGAUCGGCGGCAAGAGCUCCGUCGAAAUGUACCGUCAGACUCUGCUCGCGGGCUGUCGUUGCGUUGAGCUGGAUUGCUGGAACGGCAAGGGCGAGGAUGAGGAGCCAAUUGUUACUCACGGACACGCCUACUGUACGGAAAUCUUGUUUAAGGAUUGCAUUCAGGCCAUAGCGGAUUGCGCUUUUGUGUCGUCGGAGUAUCCGGUGAUUCUGUCCUUCGAGAAUCAUUGCAAUCGCGCGCAGCAAUACAAAUUAGCUAAAUACUGUGAUGACUUUUUUGGUGAUCUGCUGCUGAAGGAGCCGCUGCCGGAUCAUCCGCUCGAUCCGGGUCUACCGCUGCCGCCGCCGUGCAAGCUAAAGCGCAAGAUUCUCAUCAAAAACAAACGCAUGAAGCCCGAGGUGGAGAAGGUCGAGCUGGAGCUGUGGCUGAAGGGCGAACUGAAGACCGACGACGAUCCCGAGGAGGAUGCCAGCGCUGGCAAGCCGCCAGAGGCAGCGGCUGCCCCGGCGCCCGCCCCAGAGGCAGCUGCCGCCGAUGCCGCCGCCGAGGGCGGGGGCGGUGCCGAGGCGGAAGCGGCUGCUGCCAACUACAGCGGCUCCACCACCAAUGUGCAUCCCUGGCUCUCAUCCAUGGUCAAUUAUGCGCAGCCCAUCAAAUUCCAGGGCUUCGACAAGGCAAUCGGUAAGUGGGAGAGUGUGAAUGGUAUCUGUGGGAGUGAGAGAGCGAGAGAGUGA